AUGGAGUCCCGAAUCCCAGAAAACUCAAACAGCAAGAUUGGUCACAAUUUGCUUCCUUCUAUGCCAUCAUGUACCAACCGUUCCUGUUUCUUCUGCAUCUUGUCUGAAACUGUCCCUUCAGUAAGAAGAGCUAAAAUUGCCCAAUACUUCAAACAAAUGCCCCGCAAAGAAGACCAAGAACACAUCCUUGUUUUAAGUGGCCUCUGGAAAAUCGCCAUGACUAAACCAAACAACCCAGAAUUUCCUUUCCUUGGCAUCUUCACAUGCAUGGCCAAACUCAUUAGAAAAGGUGUCAGUGAUAGAAUAUGGCUUCUUAGGCACCAGAACAUAUAUAUACCAUAUUAUGCAGCACAUAUCAUUGGUUCUUAUACCAUGAACAAAACUAAGUUUGCAAAGAAAGCUGUAAAGUCCUUAGUGGUUGAGCCACUGGUGAAACUGCUUCAAGGUAAGAUAACUUGGAUUGAACAAAGAGUUGCACUUCGAGCACUGGGUCAUCUAGCCAGUCAUAAAGCAACUUUUGAAGCCGUUAAGGAAUAUGAAUCAGAAAUCAUAGAAGCAGCUAUGAACAUAACUUCCACGUGCCUAAACAAGGUAUAUGAAAACUUUGUUGGCGUGAAGGAGUCGCAAAGAUUGGAGUACCAUAGAAACCUGCUAACAAGAGGGUUUGGAGGCUUGGAAUUAGAAAACAGAAAAGCAGAAGAAUGGGCUAGCCAGCUUCAGUGUUGGUCACUCUAUCUCUUGCACUGCUUUGCAUGCAGAGAAAGAUCUCUAAGAUUAAUCUGCAAGAAGCAAUUCUUGAAGGAUUUGUGUGGAAUGUGGGGAGGACUAUCAAAUCCAUGUUCACCAGCAGGAAUAGGCCUUCUAAAAACACUUUGUCACACCCAAAUGGGAAGAGAAAGCAUAGCAGAUUUGCAAGAAGUCAUAGAGUGUUUCUGUAAUGUGUCAAGAUCCUCAGAUGAAAGACAACACAUGGCCAUUGAAAGUCUUUUGCAACUUCUGAGAGACCCAGUUACAAGAAACAAAGUUAUAGACACAGCAGCACCAGUUCUUGCUGAUUUGGUUGAACUCGGAGUCAUCAAAGGGAAAAAACAUGAAGUUGGAAAAGCAAUCAUGCAGGUUCUGUUACAGGAUUACCAAACAAUCAAGUUUUGCAAUUUGGGUUUGAAAUACAGCGAAAGAACAAGGAAAACACUAGAAGAAUUAUGGAGUUUGAAGGUAGAGAGAGUUAAGAGAGAAAAACUGAUGAGUGAACAAGAAAUCAGAGAAAGAAAAGCCUUGUUGGGUGUUCGGAAGCAUGAAGGAAAUAAGAUAUUUUUGUCUGGGGAGAUUGAAAAGGCUGUGAUGAAAUACUCUGAGGCUUUGGAUUCGUGUCCUUUAAAACUUAAGAAAGAGAGAAUAGUGCUUCACAGCAAUAGAGCUCAGUGUUAUUUGCUUCUUAGAGAUGCAGAAGGUGCCAUCAGUGAUGCCACUCGAGCUCUGUGUCUUUCCAGUGUGGCGCGUCCUCACAGUAAGAGUUUGUGGAGAAGAUCACAGGCUUAUGACAUGAAAGGGCUUGCUAAGGAGAGUUUAAUGGAUUGUUUAACUUUCAUUAGUACCCGCUUCAGUUCUUGGCAAACAAAGGGAUUCAAGAUCCCUUACUAUGCAGCACGAAUAGUUAACACGCAGAUGAACGCCACGUGGCUCUUUGCCUCAGCCAAGUCAAAAUUGUGUAGCAAACAUGAAGAAAUGAAAGAAUUCGUGAUGUGUCAAAAUGGAAUUGACGUUAUGAAUUUGAGGAAGAAAAUGAAAGGUGAGUUACACACUGUUUGA